CGGACCUCGCUUGGCAUGACCUCACGAAACAACGUAGCUCAGAGGUAGCUGAUUGGCCAAGUCGGAUCCUGCGGAACUUCAAAGCCUGAGUGGAGCUACAACUGUGGCGAGGUGGGCAACAAACAUCAGUGCAGUGUGUUCAUCUCAAAUGCAGGCGAGUUAACUCCUAAAUGUGAAGCUAUUCUUUCGCACACGGACACUUCUGGGAUGGCAACUUCACUUCUAGGGGAAGAGCCAAAGUUUGGAUCCACGCCUCUAGCCAUGCUGGCCGCCACCUGCAACAAAAUCGGGAGCGCGAGCCCCUCUCCGGUGCUCUCGGACGGCACCGCGUUCUCCAAAGGCUUCCACCCGUGGAGACGCAGCGGCGCUGCAAACGGCUGCGGAGGUGGCGUCGGUGUCGGUGUUGGAGUCGGCCUCGCGGCAGGCUUGGUGCGCGCGGACUCCUCUUCCUCCUCCUCGUCGUCUCCGUUCGUCACGAGCGGAUCUCCAGCCGCGACCAGCGCCUUCUCCCUGACCACGAGCGGCGGCGGUGCUGCUUCGGGAAGCCCCUUCGCCAAUGACUACUCUGCUUUCCAGACAUCGUCGGUGACUUCGAGCGCGAGCUCGCCAGAGCCCACCUUUCACCUCUCCAAAGUGCACGCUCCUGUGGACGGACUGCAGGGGAUCUACCCGCGCAUGAGCGUGGCGCACCCCUACGACUCUUGGUUCAAGUCUGCGCAGAUGGGGGACGCCGUUGGAGGCACAUGCGCGGGCGCGAGCGCAGCCGGAGCUGCGUGGUGGGAUGUGGGCCCGGCAACGUGGAUCGACGUGCAGGGCGCGAGCAGCGCCGCCGCCUCGGCGCUCCAGACUUCGCUGCACCACUCACCGCUGGGCGCCUACGGCUCGGACUACACGGCCUUGGGUCACACUGCGUUUGGCACCGGCCCCUCGCCGCCGCCGCACCUCUUGGGCGGGCAGCACGUAAUGGACGGAUUCAAGACGGUGCUUCCCGCCUCGUACCCGGACGCAAGCGCUGCUGCCAGCGCGAGCGCGGCGCUCAGCGCCUCUCCAGCGCUCCCUCUCGCCGGCUCUCCACGCUCAUCUGCGCGCCGCUACUCGGGCCGAGCCACGUGUGACUGCCCCAACUGCCAGGAAGCCGAAAGGCUGGGGCCGGCGGGCGCGAGCCUCCGCCGCAAGGGCCUGCACAGCUGCCACAUCCCGGGCUGUGGCAAAGUCUACGGCAAGACGUCGCACCUUAAGGCGCAUCUACGCUGGCACACAGGGGAGCGGCCGUUCGUCUGCAACUGGCUCUUCUGUGGCAAGCGUUUCACGCGCUCCGACGAGCUGCAGCGACACCUGCGCACGCACACCGGCGAGAAGCGCUUCGCGUGCCCCGUGUGCGGAAAGCGCUUCAUGCGCAGUGACCACCUCAGCAAGCACGUGAAGACGCACAGCGCGGGCGGCGCGGAGGCCGGGGCGCCGGGCAGCGGAUGCAAGAAGGCCAGCGACAGCGAGAGUGAUCAGAGCGCGCCGGGCAGCCCCGCGUGCCGCAGCCCGGAGCACACAGGAGCCAUAAACGGCCACAGCUCCAUCAGCAGGACUGCGUAAAAAGAAAGAGAGAGAAAUAAAAAAAGAGGGGGAAAUAUUGCACAUGGGGAACGGACACGAGCGCCGGGAAACAAUGACAAACAACAUAAAAAAUAAUAAUAAAUCAGCGUGAUGAAACCUACAGUGCUGAAUUAACGUCGAAAAAAAAAACUUAUAUCACCUCAAGUUAGUGUUGAACUUACUUAAGAAGUCUUGCAGAAUUGCCAUUUUAAUUGGUUUAUUUAUAAGCUGUUUAAAGGUUCAAAGUUAAAAGUGCUGAAAGCUCUUCAAAGUGCUGAAUUACCACUUUAAAGGAUCAUUUGCAAGUGAUUUACAAGUGACUAAACGCUUGAAUUAACAUAAACAGUGAAUGUAGUUCUAAAUUGUAAUAUAUUUUUUGAUUUGUGAUUUCUUCUUGAAUAACCUGAUACAAUAUUUAAUUAUGACCUAAAAAUAUUACACAAUACUUAAUGUAAGUAUUGAAGCAACAUAAAAAAGUAGAUUGACAAGAUAAAGGACUGAAUUCUGAUUUUAAAUUAGUGUUGAAUGACCUGUUAUGAUAUGCUAAAUUAUAACUUACUUUUUUUAUUAUUAUUACACUUGACAUGCUAAAUUCACAUAAACAGUCCUGAAUAACGUAUUAAAGUACCUAAUUAUUUACUAAUUAAGUUAUUUAAUACUUAAUUCAAGUGUUUAAAUUAUUAUAAAAGGUACUGAAAAAUCUAAAGUACGGAUUCUUUACUGUAACGAUAAUUUAAUACUUACGAUGCUGAAAACCUUGUUAAAGCGCUGCUAUAUGAUUUACAACCAUAAUUCAUACAAAAAUGCUCAGUUUCGCGCAUUUAUUUUAUUUUUAUUGUAAAAUGUAAAAUCUACAUUAAAAAAUGUUGUGUAGUCCAAGGCAAAUUCGGGGAAACAGUCCAAAUGUGUUGUAAUUCGGAUUCUUAACUAUUUGAAGGGCUAAUUUGUCAAUCACAGCGUAUAGGCUGAUAUUCGUUUCUAGUUCUAGUGCUAAAAGUGUUGAAUAACCAAACACAAACGUUAAUUUACUCUUAAUAAAAAGUAUUAAUUUUUUAUGGUUAGACUAAUGUAAACACUGUAGGGUAAGUGUUAUUUCAGCACUUUGACAUGUUCACACUGGGAGCUAUUUUAUAUCGGAGACGUUCAUUCAACUAAUUUAAUAUUAUUAUUUUAAGUUAUUUAGGCGCAUUUAUGCUUAAAUAAAACAAACAGUGUUGCGUUUUCUUAAGAGUUUGUAUGUAGUUAAUUCAGUACUGUAGGGGUUUUGCUGUGCAACAAACAGUGAUUUGGUCACUUGCCGUAUUCAAGCCAAGGCUGUGUCGGUUCUUUUAUGAAAGGUAUGAACGGUAUGACGUAACUGUCAGAGAAAAACUCUUAAAAAAUGUUAACAUGUCUCAAGUUAGUCAGUUUGUCUCAGGUGUAUUCAGUAACAAGGUGUGGAUCAGAGACACUCCUCUUCCACCGAACCGCACAGCCUAUACACGUCCAUCAAGGAAACUUUAGUAAAUACGGAUGUAUUUCAUGUUUACAUUGUAUUCUAUUUUUGGGGUUUACCAUGAAAUGUCUUAAUUGAUUGAAUUCUGUUUUCUCUUUCUGUGUGAACACAAACAGCGGUUUACUUGCAGAACUUUUGAUCCAAAGCAGGAUAGCGCUGAGUGAAUCAGGAGGAGAGUUUCUGGAGAUGUGUAAACUCUAAAAAAUCCCGUUUUCUUCGUUUUUUUUUAGCGAUGCUGAACUUACCGUGGACUGAUCUGUGGCUUAAACACACCUGUAAAAUGUUGUACUCAGCCAGUGUCGAAGGGUUCAAUGGUUCCCGGUGUGGUUUUGUACUGUUAUUUUAAUUCCCUCUGCCGUGGAUUGAACUAGUUUAUGUUGUGAGAGAGCGGCGGACAGAACGAGCUCUCAAUCCGGUUUAUUUAUCCACCAAUUUGUGCUUUGAAGUCUAUCAGAGUCGCACUUUGAAUUUAUAUUUAUGAUUUUAGCAUAGAGGCAUUUCGAUCAGGUUGUUAAUCUUUUUUUCUUUCUUUCUUUUUUAAUUUAAUCUUGUUUUUUUUAUUUAAUUGCGCAUGCGUGUUUGCAGUUACUGACGAUUGAUUUUAAAGUUUAAUUCCUCACAAUAAAGUUACAUUGAGACUGACUACAAAUGCA